AGUAUUUCCAUUGAAUUGCAGUGGCAAUGAUUGACACCGAUGAAAGUGAUUUUGAUGAAGAUGUCUUCGGGCUCAGUGAUGGCGAUGAAGAGGAAGAAGACAAGUUCGUUCCCCCAGAGCCUGAAGAGAAGAAAGCACCGUCGAAGAAUAUCUUGAAAUUCAGGAAAGCACUCGGUUUGGACGACGCCAAAGCUAAAGGCGAAGAAGCAUUGCCGGUUGUCAAUCGAAUCGAGACUAUAGCCUCAAGAAUGAAGCGAGAUCUUCCACCUCCGGAAGUUGUGAUAUUUAGUGAAAAGCGCCACACAGUCGACUCAGCUUCUCGGAGACGCAAGCGGAAAGAUGAGACGAACAUCGAGGAAAAAACGGAUGUUUCCUCGGAUUUGAGGAAGAUGAAGAACGAUGUUUACAGGUUUGGUAUCAAAGGUUUUGAAAAGAGCAAGCAGGAAUCGGCGAUGGAAGACUUGCUCUGCAGUUUGGGGGCGAGAAAGAAACGUGAUGAAUGUAUCAACUACAAAAUUUUAAAAGAACAGCGGCGAAAAGAGAAAGAAGCAGCGCUACGAGCCAAAGCCGAGGGUUCUCAUUAUAGUUCUGCCCUGGUCCUGCGUGUUGUUGGCAAAAGCAAGAAGAAGCUUUCUAAAGCUCAGAAAAAGGAUCGAAAUAAGGUUUCUGGCUUCGAUGUGCAACCUGGCAAAUAUCGCGGUGGUGUUCAGUACAUUCGACCCGCGGAACUGAAAAAGCUCAAAUAAACAUCGUUUUGCUUCCAUCACA